AUGUCUUUCAACUGGCGUCGACCCUUUCGGUCGCGGGACGACAACGAUGAGCCAACGACACAGGAUGUGCCGGCACUGACCCGAGUCAACAGCGCCGAGGUGUCAGACGGUAGCCUCAAAUACACGCUGGAGAAAGGAGGCAAUGACUCCCAGCCGUCAUACCAGGAGGCCACAGGAGCCCCAGUGGAGAGUCGCUCGCCACUGGGGUACUCUGUCGGUCCAAUCACCAUUAUCUUCCUCAAUGUCAGCAAGAUGAUUGGGACUGGUGUUUACUCUACCCCCUCCGCCAUUCUUAGAGGGACUGGCUCAGUCGGGCUGAGCAUGAUCUACUGGACCCUCGGCUUCUUCACCUCCAUCUCCACCCUCUCCGUCCUCCUCGAAUUCGCCUCCUACUUCCCCAACCGUUCCGGCAGCGAAGUCGUCUACCUCGAGCAAGCCUACCCCCGUCCCCGAUGGCUCUUCCCAACAGCCUUCGCCUUCCUCAACGUUGUCCUUUCCUUCAGCAGCGGCAACUCCAUCGUCUGCGCGCAAUACCUCUUCCGAAUAAACGGCCACACCCCCUCCCCUUGGGAACUCAAAGGCGUAGCCAUUGCCGCGUACACCGUUGCCUUCCUAGCCGUAGUCUUUCACACCAAAGCCUCCUACGCCUUCUCCAACGGAAUCGGCAUUGUCAAAACCCUCACCCUCAUCUUCAUCGCCAUCGCCGGGCUUGUCGUCCUAGGAGGCAACAUCUCCUCCAUCCCCGACCCCCACUCCAACUUCCGCAACGCAUUUGACGGCCUCCCUCCUACCCCCUACGGCCUAAACAACGCCCUCUACCGCAUCAUUUUCUCCUACACCGGCUUCGACAACGCCUUCAACGUCGUCAACGAGGUAAAAAAUCCCAUCAAAACCCUCCGCCGCAACACCUUCAUCUCCGUCUUCCUUGUCGCCGUCCUCUACAACCUCGCCAACGUAGCUUACUUCGCCUCCGUCCCCCUCCCCGACCUCCGCGCCGCAAAAGAAAUCACCGCCUCGUUAUUCUUCACCGCAGUCUUUGGCUCCUCAAACGCAGUUCGCGGACUCAACUUUCUCAUCGCCCUCUCCUCCUUCGGCAAUCUCGUCACCGUCCUCAUCGGCUCCUCCCGCAUGAUCCGCGAAUGCGGUCGCCAGGGCGUGUUGCCGUUUCCUAGAUUCUGGGCGACCACACGACCGUUCGGUACACCGAUCGGGCCUUACUUUGUGAAGUGGUUCAUGACAGUGAUCAUGAUCUUGGCCCCGCCGGCAGGGGACGCGUUCAAUUUCGUGGUUGACUUGCAGGUUUACCCUUCUUCGCUGUUUCACAUCUUGGUUGGCAUAGGACUUUUCAUCGUCCGAUACAGGAGGAAGAAGCUCGGGUUGGGAAGGGGCGAGUUUAAAGCGUGGACUGUAGUGGUGGUGUUUAAUAUCCUGGUGUAUGCGUAUUUGCUUGUGAUGCCUUGGUACCCUCCCGAGGGCGGACCAUACGCGGGAAAUGUGAGCUUUUGGUAUGCGACUUAUGUUGUUACGGGGACUGGGAUUUUGCUCGGUUGCGGCAUCUACUACUACGCCUGGAUCUGGCUCCUCCCCAAGUUGAGAGGGUACCGCAUCCGGCAGGAGGUUCUGACGCUGGAAGACGGAGCGCAAAGUCACAAGGUGAUCAAAGUACCUGUCGAACAACUGGCAGAGUGGGACGCCACUCACGAUGCUGUUGGAAGACCGCUCAACAGGACAGACAGCCACUCUGGCGACUCCGAACGCAUCGGUGUAUCAAGCACAGCAGGAGAAAAGGGCCAAGAUGGCAAUGUGAGGGAUGUAGAUCCUGAGAAGUAAUUCGUCAGAGCUGUGCGAGCUGCUUGGCGACAUGGGGGGGCAACAGAUCUGCUAGGCUAAGAGAAUAUUGUAGGCUAGAGUGUAGCAAUUGAAGAAUUUCACUUAUUCUCCCAAGCAAUACCUCAUCUCAUCAUCUCCCAAC